UUAAAACACCAAUCAUUGCUUCUCCUUCGCCUGCACAUUCCCUCUCUCUCUCUCUCUCCCUCUCUUCCUCUCCCUCUGUCUAUAUGACCACAAGUCUCUUAAGCGAUCCCACCAUGCUACUUUCAACACCAGAGGUCAUGAUCGCCUCUCACCAGCCGUCUCCAGCGUCAACAACACAAAUCUCCUAUGAGGAGCCAGAGCAGGUGACGUGUGACUGCUGCGGAUUAACCGAGGAGUGCACACAAUCUUACAUAGAGAUGAUCAGAGAACAUUACAUGGGUAAAUGGAUAUGUGGUCUCUGUUCUGAAGCUGUGAAGUACGAGGUUAUAAGAACAAAACGUUUGCUAACUACAGAGGAAGCCAUGGCAAGACACAUGAACAUGUGUUAUAAGUUCAAAUCCUCAAGCCCACCUCCUAAUCCGACCGGACGUUUGAUCUCUGCUAUGACGCAAAUCUUGAGAAGAAGCUUGGAUUCUCCAAGGAUGCUCAGAUCAAUGCCUAGUAGUCCUUCUAAAGACAAAGAUGAUUAUUGUGUCUCAAAUGUUUUGUCUAGGUCCGAUAGCUGCUAGACUCAAAGAAAAGUUAAAAGAAUUGUUUUAACCGGUUGAUAACCGUUUGGUUUAGGGAUCACCACCUGGAAAAGGUCCGGUUUUCAGAUUUGAAUUUUUCGUCAGUAACCAAGAUUGGUCUCUGUAUGUAUUUGUUUUUGCCGGAUUUGUGUACCUGUGGAAAUUUUUGGGCUAAAUGCAAAUAACUUUGAAGGUUCGGAGUUGUGUCA